AUGAAUGUAAUAAACGGCGACGAAACCGAAACGAAACCCAAUCCGAACCUAUACUCAUGGACAAACCUACCAGGCUACCUAAUCAAAUACUUACACAACCCAUUCCUACCAAAGAUCAGCUCAAAUCCCCAAGCCUUUGAUCGAUUACAAAGUUUACUAAAAGUACCACUAGGAUUUUACGAAGCUUAUGAUGAAGAAGUUGAAAAGACGUUAUGGUAUGUUAAGUUAGAUAGUAGAUUGAAUGAACAGCUUUCUAUUGAAUUUGUUAAACUUGAAAAAGAGUUUAAAGAGAUUGGAUAUUUUUUGGGAUUGAACUCGGGGUAUCUUAUCAAAGAGAUUUCUCCGUUUGAUGGUGAUUCGAUAAGUCAGAUUAGGUCAUCAAAUGAUUGGAUUCUGUUUAGUUCUAUUAACUUGAAUUUGUUAUUUCAACUUGGGUAUAAAGAUGAUGAAGAAGGAAAUCAUGAAAUUCAAGAGUUUUUAUAUCAAUUGAAGUUGAAGAAAUUGCAAGUGAAGUUUAAGGUGGCUGUACUAGGGGUUUGGGAAGACGAAUUGAACCAAGCUGAAAAGAUUAAAACUAUCAGAGCAGAGAAUCUUAGGUUUCUUGAAGUUUGGAAAAAAGAUUAUUUGAUUACAUUUACAAGUAAAGCAGCAAGUUCACAUCCUCAAAACCUACAACGUUUUUUCCAAAAACUUCAAUACUUGUCAUUCAAUCCAGAAGCUAGUCCAAGGUUCAUAAGUUGGUUACACAUCAUAACUUUCCAUCAACUAAACCCGACCAAGAAACCAAACCAAUCAAUCCAAAACCCAUCACCUCAUUCUCCAAACACGAUGCGCACCAAUUUCUCAAACCUCAACGCCAUCCAUACGAUUUACAAAACAAAUUCAUGGCCAUGCAUCAUGAUCCAAGAAAUGUUUUGUAUAAAAAAAGAUAAAGUUUAUUUAUCUGAUCAUUUUACCGAAGAAGAAGAAGAAGAAGGAAAAGGUUAUUUUCAUGAAGUUUUGUCGUUUGAAAAGAUGCGAGAAAUUAGUGAUUCGAUGGAUCAAAGGUUAAGAGAUUUAUCAAAGAAUGAAGUCAAGGUUUUGAUCAGUGUUUCUACUGCUAUUGGGAUUAGGUUUUGGGAUUUGAUAGCUUUGGUGGUCGUGGUUUCUGAUCUUGAGAAAUUUGAAUUUCAGAGGCUUGGAAACUUUUCGUGUCAAAUGAUGACGUUUGAUGAAGUUUUGGAGUUGAUGGAUAAAGAAACUGUUGAGAUUUGA